AUGAGUUAUUUGAACGUUUAUAGAAAAUAUCCUAAAGGUUAUAGUAGUUCCACAAAACUAGAAAUAGUUUGCACUAAUAGAAUCAAACUUUACAAAAUUUUCGAAGCCGCAAAAUACAAUAGGCUGGAAGUAGGAACAGUGCAAUGGUCCAACUAUGUUACAUCAAAAAUCCAAGAGGUAGAAUUGAAGUGUUAUUAUCCUUUACUGGGCUUAGAAAUAAAAGGUAUGCUUAAAGCCAAAAGAGAAGACAACUUGGCGCACUGGAUGGUUGGAUUAACUUAUUCUGCAACGACAGAACAAAGAAAUCUCUUCAUAGACUGGGAGCUCCAAUGGGUUCAUUUACUGUUCAGCAAAUUGAGCAGAACGAGGAGAGAUACAUUUUUGAGAGACAACAAUUUUCAUAUUGAUAGUCUAACACCUGUGGAAAAAUUAGUUCUUCAGCAUAGAAUAAUGAAGUGUAUAGAAGUUGAUAUCAUUGAUUAUAGCGAUACAACGUUUUAUAAAUCCGAAUUUUACGAAGUUCCAGAUGUAGUUAGUAAGAAACACAUACUUUUGAUGCAGGGUUCAGCGAUAUUUCAUGAAGAUAAUGUUGUUUAUUUUGUUUUAAACAAGCUACGUUAUGAAUUCUCAGAUCGACUCAAAUUUCAGAAGAAGGUUUACCCGCAUUGGGACAAAUAUCUGCACAUAAUUCAGGACCUUCCGAAGUACAUUCCCAAACUUAUUGGUUGUGAAGUGGAUGGUGUAAAUCUGGAAAAUAUUGACCAAAUAUCCCAAGAACAUUUUCCGUUGUGUAUGCAACAUCUGCAUCGAAGUUUAAGAAAAAACCAUCAUCUCAAAUAUGACGCAAAGAUGCAGUAUGGAGUAUUUUUGUACUGGUUAGGUUUAUCAUAUACAGACGCUAUGAAAUUCUGGAAGGACGAAUUUACCCAAGGUAUGUCUGAAGAUGUAUUUAAUAGAAAAUAUUCGUAUCUGUUUAAACAUCAAUAUGGCAUGAUAGGUAGGAGACAGCCAUAUCAACCAUUUAACUGUAGCAAGAUUUUAGCAUAUUCUCCCUUGCCCUUACAGCAUCACGGAUGCCCUUUCAAGCACUGGUCAAAAGCUGUGCUUCGGGAAACACUGGCAACCGAAGUGUCUUCUAUAACAGAUAUAGAAGACCUUCUUGAUGAAAAAGAUUAUCGUAAGGCUUGCACAGCUUAUUUGUGUAAGUCAAGAAAAAUACCUAAACAGAUACUUGAUCCAGAAGUGGCUGCUAUAGAGAGCCCGAUUGAAUAUGUCAAUCAGAGCUUCAAAGCCCUUGAUCUUUUGGAUCAAGUAUUUGAUGGGUAUAUUUAG